GUCCGCUGCAAGCUCAGCCCGUCAGAUCCAAUGCAAAGCAUGGCCUGCAUCACAUGCAUCGACAAAAGGAGCCCAGCUUUUGGAUUGGUAUGAAGGAAUUAAAGUGUCGAGCUCAUGAUAAGUUUGGUGCCGAUGAUAAGUGCCUCAUUAUGAACCCCCAAGAUCUAUAAUUAUCCAUAGAGACCCUUGUAAAUCGGCGUAAACGCGCCUACGUCAUCCCCGUCAUUAUCGCCAGCAUCAUCUCACUUCGUACUGUAAGCUCCCCCCGCCGCUGACUGGGCUUGCAUGUUUCAUUUUCUCCUCCGACAUCAUCCCAUUCAUUCAGUUGAUGUGCACAUAAACCUACAACCUCGUUUAACCACCAGUAUUGCUCACGCCUAUCGGCCCUCAGGCCCAAAUCCAUCAUCAUGGAAUCUUUCUCUCUACUCAAGCGUCGUACCACCGACCUCCUCCACAAUGUCCAGCAAAACCUCCCCUCCAUGCCUAUGCCUUCCGUUCCAUCCGCUCCCUCAGCAACUCACCAGAAGAAGAGUUCUAUGAAAGGAACAUGGGAGCGCAUUGAUGCCCCUGACGUCCCCCGUUCUUCACAUUCUCUCAAUAUUGUCCACGGAACCGCUUACCUCUUUGGCGGAGAGAUCGAGCCCCGAAAGCCUGUCGAUAAUGAUAUGCAUGUCGUAACUUUGCCUUGGUCUUCGGCUGGGGCUGACUACUUCAAGAUCAAAGCAUCCCCAGCUAAACCAGAUGCCCAGCCGAAGAAGCCUGAGGUUCAGCAACCCGUUCAGCCCAAGGCCCCGGAGCCAGUCAAGUCCGACGAGAAGCCGGACGAAGAGGAGAUUGAGAAAAAGCUCGACGAAGUUUCUCUUGCGGAGGAUGACGAAGAAGAGGAUGAAGAAGAAGAAGACGAAUCUUCAGAUGAAGAGGUUGAAAGCAAGUCCAAAGGCAAGCAGCCUGCUGGUCCAGAAAAGCCGGAAUUGGGCGAUGUCCCAGCUUCACGAGUCGGCCAUGCUACUGCUGUCAUCGGGUCCCGUAUCUUUCUCUUCGGUGGUCGCGGAGGUCCCGACAUGCGGCCCCUGAACGAAGGUGGCCGUGUCUGGGUCUUUGACACUCGCUCCAACACAUGGACAUAUCUUGACCCUGCCCCUGUCGUUCCAGGUGGUGCAAUUGUCCCCCAACCCGCCCCGCGAAGCUAUCACACAGCCACAUCGAUCGACCGGCCCCGGGACUUUGCUCCUAAGCGGCCCAAGGAACCUGAGACUUGGGGGCAGUGGGCACUCGGAGACACCUCUAAGACGGGUAUCCCUCAAGCUCCUGUUGUUGGUAAUGUGGCUGAAGAAGCCGUAGAUGAAGAGUCGGAUGGCUACGGUACCUUUUUCAUUCAUUCUGGAUGCCUCGCCAGUGGCGAACGCACCAAUGAUAUCUGGGCCUUCAACGUCCAUGACCGUACUUGGACUGAGCUUCCAGCUGCUCCAGGCCCUGCUCGAGGUGGCAGCGCCAUAUGUGUGAGCAAAACCCGCCUGUUCCGCUUCGGGGGUUUUGAUGGACAAAGUGAGCUUGGAGGGCAACUCGACUUCCUCCACCUCGAGGUUGAGAUCUUUGACGAUAGAGGCACCAAAGGAGAAGUUGCUGUUCGCGCCCGUGGUGGUUGGCAAACCAUUCUCGAGAGUGAUCCAAACACCGACUCAACUGAAAUCCACGCCGAACCAGCUCAGAUCUGGCCCGAACCCCGAAGUGUCGCAUCUUUGGAGGCAAUCACGUCAGGGGCUGGAUACGAGUAUCUUGUCUUGACUAUGGGUGAGCGUGACCCAAGCUCAGAGGGCCACGAAGGUGCAGGCAAGUUCUUGAACGAUGUCUGGGCCUUCCAAGUUCCGCCUCUGGGCAUGACAGCCGCCAGCGUUACCGCUGCCAUGUGGCAAGCUGUCGGCCGUAAGACAGGUGAAGGAAAGUGGACGAAGCUUGAUCUUGAGCCAUACGACGAUGAUAACAGUGAUGAGAUGCCUGUGGCGAGAGGCUGGCUUGCGAGCGCCCCGAUGGGAGAACUUGAGGAGAGCGGCAUUUUGAUCUGGGGAGGUCUUGGUGAGGACAAUCAGCGUCUCGGGGACGGCUGGAUCUUGCGUGUGGGCGAUUCCUAGGUGAAAAUGAUGAGGGACUGGAAAGGCAGUUGAUUUGGAUGUAGUAUUCUUUUUUGGCGUAACAUGUUUUUGGCGAUUGUAUUAAGUGAACGAAUGGAAUGAAGAAACAAAGUCCUAUCGGACACAAUACUUCACACAGCAUAUCAUAUUGCUAUUGACGAGAAUCCACGCAUUCUAUAUCUGGGAAAGCAUUUGACAUGGUGUUAUGUACAGUAGAAGCCUCCUCCCGCCGGACACUUUUUGCAUUUCUUGCUAUUGAACUAAAAAAGAGAGAUAAUGAUGUUAUAAUUCUACAGGUCUGCCCUUGUGGUCUCGGUUCCCCAAGGUUCCGCGUUAAGGCUUGUUUGGCCAGCACUGUUCUCACAUGUGUCUCGGCUGCUGAGAGGA